GGUAUAUAGUCAGAAAACUACUUCAUUGUUGUGCAAAUGCAAGCAUGUCCAUUAAAUUCCAAAGAUUUGUUAAGAUUACGAUGUCGAUUUCGUACUGGACAGUAUACUUUGAGCGAUUUAACUUCUGAUUCCACCAUCAAUGAACUACUUCAAACAAUUACUUCACUUGUAGGUGUUACACAAUCUCGUAUAUCACUUUAUUAUGGUUAUCCUCCCCAAAAGUUGGAUUGUAGCAUUUCAAGUCUUGGUAAACGUCUUUGGGAGAUCCCUCUUCGUUCGGGUGACAUGCUUACUGUUGAUGUAACGGAAGAAAAACCAGCAAAUAUCAACUCACAAACUGUAAAGCAUCAACCUCAUGAACAUGAAAUAAUCACUAAUAAACAAUCUGAAUCACAUAUUGUCCGAUUAUCUGCACCAUCUGAUAAUUCUUGUCUAUUUACAAGUGUUCUUUUCUGUAUGAAUAAUGAAGACAAUCAUUUAAAGAUUGGUACAGAAGUUGUAACAAAUAUUGCUGAAGUCAGUAAUUUAAGGGAAUUAAUUUCCGGUAUUGUGUUAAGCGAUCCAGCCAAGUAUUCUGAAGCAUUCCUCGGGAUGUCAAAUGAACAGUAUUCACUUCAAAUUAGACAAUCAGAUAAAUGGGGUGGAGGUAUUGAAGUAUCAAUUUUAUCACAAUUAUAUAAAAUUGAAAUAUGUAUUGUAGACAUUGAAUCAUGUCGAAUUGAUCGUUUUGGUGAAGAUCAAAAUUAUCCUAAAAGAAUUUUAUUAAUUUAUGAUGGUAUACAUUAUGAUCCAUUAGCACAAGAAUGUCCAAAUCGUAAUUGUCUAGUAACUGUAUUUUCAUCAAAUAAUGAUUCAAUUCUUUUUGAAGCUCAACAAUUAGCAUCAAAAGCUCGUGCUGAAUGGGCAUUCACUGAUCUUUCAUCAUUUACAUUACUUUGUCGACAAUGUGAUGCACCAUUAAUUGGUCAAGAAGCUGCACAAAAACAUGCUCAAUUAACAGGUCAUACACAAUUUAGAGAAAUUUUACAUUAA